AUGAGAUUAGUCAAUUCACUCAGAACAAUUAAACAAAGGUUUACUCGUUAAAAUCCAGACAGCUGUGACCGUGUGAGUCUGUAGCUAGACGCUUGUAUAAAUUCCUAGAUCACGUAAGCAUUGUGUUAGUUCAGCGACAGAACCCUCAAACGUUGCAACCUCGAGAUAGCUGUGCAAACAUGAGCAGAUUCAAGGCUAUAACCCCGCAGGACCGCCCCACCUUUAAGGUGGCAUUUUUGUAUCGUUCUCACGCGCUAAUCUCUCGGGAGACCUUUAUUACCUUCCAGAAAACCUACGAUGAAAUUGUCAACACUCUCGUUACUUGCCAAGAUGAAGACGAGCUUUGGAGGUUUGUGCGGAGCAUGUUCGAUUUCGACGACUACGCCGACACAGUCCCUAUUAACGCAGCCAACCUUUCCAUUACCUUCGAUGCAGUUCAACGUCUCAUGAACGCCAUGGCGUUGGAUUGGAACCGAGAUAUUUCCAUCCAGAAGCGGAUCCAGCCUUAUGUGUACACCAUCCAAGCAGCGAGAGCCCUCAUAGCUAAGCAGCUGAAUGUCGACCCAAAACUUAUCGCAUUCAUGAGGAAUGGCUCCGACCCUAAUGCAGUCAUCAAUAACGGUAUGGAUUUCGAACCCGGAGAUGAAGUCGUGGUAUGGAACGAGAAUCAUCCCACAAAUGGUGACGUAGCUUGGAAGAUUCGAAAGGCACGCUUCCCUAACAUCAACAUUGUCGUGCUCGACUUAGAAGGGGAAACAAAUGAGGAAAAAAUCAUUCAGAGGUUCCUUUCCAAAGUGAACAAGAGCACUCGUAUUGUGGCGUUCAGUGAGGUCUCUCACUUAAGCGGUAUGCGCCUGCCAGCCAAAUCCCUGAUCGAAAGGAUCCACGCGAAGAACAAGCAUGUUCAUGUCCAUUUGGAUGGGGCACAAAGCUGGGGUGCAUUCAAGCACGACCUCAAAGACAUCAACUGUGACAGCUACAGCGGAGGGAGUCACAAGUGGUUCCUAGGUCCCAAAGAGACAGGUAUCUUGUACAUGAAGAAAAAAAGUGUACCCAAGUUCUGGCCCAAAGAUAUUGGGUACAAUGGCGAGAUGCAACCUCCGCCUACCCUCCCAGGUGACCCACUGCCAGAUGAUGCGUCCAGGUUUGAAAUGGUCGGCCAACGAAACGAUACCAACCUUAUCGGGCUGCUGUAUACCGCAGAUCUGAUGGAUCUGAUUGGCUUCGACCGAAUCGAGGAAAGAAUCAAGGCGUUGACCAUGCGACUGAGGGACGGCUUGGACAAAGUGGCACGCCAACUCGGCAAUGUGUUUGUGAUAGAAACGCCGCCGGAACUGAGCCAGUACCAUGGUAUCCUGACCAUCAAGUUUCGAGACGAUGUCGGAACUGGGCGAGCAGGCAGGCGCAAACAUAAAGGAAAGAAUCAAGAAGAGGCAGAGCCAGAAUUGAACGCCGUGUUGUAUGACGCGUUGUAUGAAGAUCACAACAUCGGGGUGUCGACUAAGAAAGGAAAUCGAAUGCGAUUCUCCCCUCAUAUCUACAACAUGGAGGAACAUAUCGACAGGGCAGUUGAAGCUGUUAGCUAUGAGCUGACUAAAAUCCUAAAGAAGUAAGACUUUUGUAAAAUUAAGACUUGACUUGUACUGCCAAAACUGAAAAUCAAUAAACUCAGUAGCAAUG